CAAGGCAUUGUGGUAAACAGAAUUUUGCUGAAGACUUGCAAAACAUGGCGAUAACGUGAGAAAGACUUCGUUCGUAAAGUCGCCCCUGCUACUCGGCAAAAGGGUUACAACUGUCUACAGCCAAUCGGGAAUACUCUUGGAUAACUGUGCUACGCCUCACAAGGCAUUAUUUACAAGUACAACUUUUGCUGAGGGUAAAAUUGAAAGGUUGUUCGAGUUGCUUUUUUCAUCAUCUGUGCGGAAAUUGCCAAGUUGAUGGCAAACGUUUCACUAAAAUGACAUCAAAUCUACGUGUUUGUUUUUUUAAUACCCUGCCUUCGCUAACUUAAAUCAUUGAGCAAUAUUUUCAGUUAGAAUUACUAACUGUUGGCACACAUCAAGGAUCCAAUACUUUGGCUAACGGAACAGAUCAUCUGUUCGAUUGAAGCAAGCGGUUUUGACAACAAGCAUCAAAACAUGGAUUCCUCGUUUGACGAAGACGAUUUGCAGUGCGAUUCACCUCCGGGAUUCGUGGAGGAGAUAGAUAGCGAUGAGCUAGAAGUCAUAGAGAAUGUUGGGCGUGGUGCCUUUGGGGUCGUGUACAAGGCUCGGUGGAGGGAAAAAUUUAUUGUUGCAGUAAAGACCAUUGAAUCAGAAGCAGAGAAAAAGGCUUUUAUUGUUGAGGUCCAGCAACUUUCUAGAGUGAGCCACCGAAAUAUCAUCAAACUAUAUGGAGCUGUCACUAAACAUGAACCGGUUUGCCUUGUUAUGGAAUAUGCUGAAGGAGGUUCACUCUACAACUUGCUUCACUGGAAGAAGUCAACAAGCCGUGCACCCAUCUACACAGCGUCCCACGUUAUCAGCUGGGCACUACAGUGUGCUAGCGGGGUAGAGUACUUACACAGCAUGAAGCCGAAGGCCAUCAUCCACAGAGAUCUAAAGCCACCCAACCUACUGCUAACUAGAUGUGGGACUGUCGUUAAGAUCUGUGAUUUUGGCACAGCGUGCGAUUUAAAGACCUACAUGACUAACAAUAAAGGAAGUGCUGCAUGGAUGGCGCCGGAGGUUUUUGAAGGAAAUAAUUACACAGAGAAAUGUGAUGUAUACAGCUUUGGAAUCAUUUUGUGGGAAAUGACAUCUAGAAGAAAGCCAUUUGAUGACAUGGCAGGUUCUCCACCCUUUAGAAUCAUGUGGGCUGUGCAUAUUGGUCGCAGACCACCACUGAUCAAGAAUAUCCCCAAGCCAAUCGAAGAGCUUAUAACCAGCUGUUGGGAUAAAGACCCUGAUAAAAGGCCAUCAUUUAGCAGGAUUGUCAUAUUUCUUAAUCAUCUGAUGCAGUUCUUCCCUGGUGCAGACACAUGCCUAGUAUUCCCACCAGGGUCCCCUGAUCUCUUGGGCGAGCAGCUCCUCACCCCUGGCGCAAUCACCGGGAGCUCCACCCAGUACAGUGACAUGAGCGACACCGUCAUUGAAAACCCUCCUUCUGAUGAGAGUGGCGGUGAGGAGGAGGAGGGUGCAUAUGAAGUGGACAAUGAAGAAAAGGAGGACAACUUGGCAGAGGAGGAGGGGCUUGCCUCGGAAACCCCUACUCCUGUACCCGCUACCCCACAAGGACACGCCCAAAUUUACACCCCUGAGACACCAAGCCCUAGUGGAAAUAACCACUCCAUGGGGAAUAAUGGGGUUGCUAGUAAGGUAAAUGUCCAGAAAAAUAAGGGGAAACCUGUUAGUCCAAUUCCUACCUGUCUUGCUGGAAAAGUCCCUCUAAGUCCAGAUCUGGCUCACAUCCCCCGAACACCAGGUGAGACAAGUGCGACAGGUGGAAGCGAAACAAGUCAAGUUCGCACUUCAAGUCCUAAGACUACAUUUCCAGGCAUUAACUGGCCAAGACAUGGCCCUCAGGUAUUUCCAAAUUUUCCAGUUUCCAGUCAUUCUGGAUUAUUACACCAAAGACCUUUAGUUGUGAACACUAUGUCAAGUCAUGACCCUGCAGGAGGUGUUAACCUCAGCCCUGGUACCCACACAAGUCCAGGAUUUCCUCGACAGCUCUCUGAUCCAGGUGGUAACCAUCAUUCCAGCAGUUCUGGACCAUCCAACCUACCAGCCAGCCUUUUUGAAGAGGUCCCCAUUUCUGCAGGCAUCUACGCCGUACCUGGACAACACGGCAGUGUGUCAAUCCCAGAGGGGCUACCUCUCUACACUCAGCAACUUACCGGACACCAGCUUCCCCAGCACGACUUUCCAUCACCAACUGGCAUUGGCUCUAGGUACAGCAACUCUAUAGCCAGGCCAACUGCCGUGCAGCCUGGACAGGGAAAUAUGUACCCCCCUGAGGAUGGGAGAGUGAUAUAUGUACCCCCGACUCCUGGUCAACAGCAAAAGAUUUACUACCAACCCUCAAGAUACCAAAAACCGGCUGGCCCUUCUGGUUUUACCCCUGUUCCCCCAACCACGCCCAGUAACACUCCUAUACAAGGACUCGAGAGCAUCGAAGACAACAUGAACCUGGAAGCAAUACGUAAUGCUUUACGUGAAGACCUAACCCCUGCCGAAGGGCGACCCCCCUCCAGCGGCUCUAGCGGGAGGUCCACCCCUACAAGGUGGCAUCCGAGGACUCCAGGUUCUGGCAACUCUAGCCCUUGCUCCUCCUCAACAAACAGCCCCUACGUAGUCAGAAAGUCCAGCGACCCUGGGAAGCCAUCGCCAGGGUAUGGGGACAGCCAUGCUGGGUACAGAGAGCAGCGGCCACCGGAGGGGUACGUGGAGUUGUCACCCUCGGGGUACAUGGAGAGGCCGACGCCUGGGUGGCAGCAGCAUGGUGCUGGGGUUACUACUCAGGGCCAUGGGAUGAACCGGUCAAUAUCUGGCCCACCUCAGACGACCAGGAAGGUCAGCUGGGAGAAGGAUCCACGUAUUAUGCGUCGAUUUAACUCGGAGAAAACAAAGCAUACUUAUGAGUUGUUGGAACCGCAUUUACAGCCCAUAACUCCAAACCCCGAUAUACCGCUCUCCAUGGAGCUCUUUCAUCAACAUCUGAAGUAUGCUGAGGAGUACAUUAAAAUCCAGACCGAUCUGGGGCAUCUUUUGCAACGGAAGGCAGACCUGGAGCGGCAGCUAGAAGAGUACGAGUACGAGCAGCAACGUAGCGCCCCGUACGUGGAGCAGUUCGCCAUGCUCGCCAGCGAAAAGGAGAAUCUCCUCCUUCUCCACCGAAAUCUUCGAACGCAACUAGAACAGAUGCAACCACGUCAAACCAUGCCAUACCGAUAGUGGAAUGUAAUAAUGUGUUGGCAGCUCAGUACCUGGGGGUUGUUUUGGUUUCCCUGUGGUGUUUUGGGUUCCCUGUGUUUAGUAGUGACGUCAUUGAAACACGUUCAGCCCCUCUCGCCUCAUUGCCAACCAUAGGAAUCCCGAGCAGACCUCCAGGGACUAAGCUGAUGUUCUGCAGGAUAGCCUUUGCCAGUUACAUAGUACGGUGGGACCCGUUUGAUAAUCAAUUUUGUACAUGAAGUAUUUACGAGGAAAAUAUGAAUUCUUGAGGGAUUUCAAGUGCCUGUUGACUAACGACAAUAUCGUGAAUUGAUAAACAGAUAAAUAGAAUUUAUUUUUACAUUUUGCCUCCAAACCUGAGUGUCACUCAAUUUUCGUCUUAUAGUGCUCUUCUUUUUUCAUCCCCGUAUGUGCGCAAUGAUUUUUGUGAUUUGAAAGGGAAUUGUAUUGCGCAUGCGUAGGGUACUUGUCCCAGAAGCCUUAGGGCUCUUCACGGGUUGUGCGAGGAUUACGCACUCUUACUGUCAAACAAAAAGGCUAAUUCACAUGUUCCCUGUAACAAAAUUCUGUAAUUGGCUUUUGGGUAUAAAGUCGUGUUUAAAAUCCUAACCAAGAGUUCGAAACCCGAGAAAGCAAAAUCCUUAUGACUUACAAAAAGUCAUGGUCAUUUUGAUGUACAGAAAAUUGUAAGAGCAUUUUUUAGAAAUAUUUUAAACCCCCGACCUUGUGUAGAGGGUGGCUUGUAAUCAAUGUUUUAAAAAAAAAAAUAAAUUCCGGUUAUUUUGUAUAUUUUGUAGUGUUAGUAGAAAUUAGUCUAUGUUGUGUUAAAGUAUCGUGGUGCCAUUUGAAAUAAAAUCAAUCGAGUAGGA